CUGCUGGGAGCUGAAUGCCUUUGCCUUUUUCAUUCGUCUCUUGAGUUCUGAUCACAACGGUUCGCCUCCGCUCCGGAAAAUAUUAUAAAAGAAAAGUCUAAAACGGCAAAAAAAGCGCAGCAGCAGUGCGAAAUCAUUAACCAAGUGAAAAAAAAAUAAAGUAACAGAAACUGGGAUUAAGCCAAGUGAUAAGCCAGAGUGCAAAACAAACACAAAAUAAACACAACAACAAACAAGAAAGGAUAGUGCAGUUAAAAGUGCAGCAGAAAAGCCACAAAAUGGAUAUGGAUACCCUUCUACCAUCACCGCCAGCAACGCCCCCGCUACGGGAUAACAAGUUGGAAAAUGUGGCCAAGGACGAGCAACAGGUGAACCAGAACCUUCUGAAGGCCAAGCUCAAGCUGGUGGCCCAGAAGAAUCAAAAGAAUGGCGGCAUCAUUACACCCAAUCCCUCGGAUACGGAAGAUGAGGAGGUUCCCAGCAAGAAAAUGCGCCUGGAACAGCCGGCCACGACCAUGACACCACCACCAGAUCAGAAAGCCGAGGAGGAUCAGAGCAAAACCCCGGAGAGGGUCAGUGUCAUUAUGCGGGUGAACAGUUCGGGAGCCGUGUGCUCCAGCAACCAGGAUGAAAACAGCUCCUCCAGCACCAGUUCCAGCUCCAGCGACACCACCUGCUGCAGUUCCUCCACAAAUGCCACCGCCAGUACAACCACAAUCGCUCCCGCCGUCGAGGAUGACUACCCCGAGGCCAAUGUCUGGCGCAAUCUCAAGUUCAAGAUGAACAGGAAGCGGGCAGCGGAAGUGGCGUUACCACCAGUACCAGUACAAAAGCCCCAGGAGAUCCCGGCACCAGCGGAAAAGCUGGAACCGGAGGAGAAGGAAAUCAAGCCAAUUCUGCCCCCCAUCUAUGUGGCUCCCGUCGCCAGUCCCGCCAGCCAGCUCCUCCUGCUCAGCACAGUGGCCGCCCAGCAAUCACCCACGCCCAUACCGCUUUCCAGCGCCGAGGAUAAGCAGGCACCCCGGAUCACUGCUGCCCAGGCGGCAGCCACCAGGAGUCGCAUCUACGAGUGCAGUUUCCCCGACUGCGGCAAGAACUACUUCAAGAGCAGCCACCUGAAAGCCCACCAAAGAGUGCACACCGGCGAGCGGCCCUUCAUCUGCAAGUGGGAGAACUGUGACAAGCGGUUCUCCAGGUCGGAUGAGCUCUCCCGGCACAAGCGCACCCACACCGGCGAGAAGAAGUUCCAGUGCGGCGUCUGCCAGAAGAAGUUCAUGCGCAGCGACCACUUGUCGAAGCACGUGAAGCGCCACAACAAGGACAAGGCCAAUGGGGUGAACCGUCACGUCUCCCUCACCAGCAGCAGCAGCAGCAGCUCCUCCUCCUCCGCCAUGGCCACCUCCCUCUGCGAUGCUACACUCCACUUGCGGGCGAUAGCCCCGGCAUCCACCUCGCCCAGCCUCCAACAGGUGUACUCCGCCCAGGAUCUGCUUAGACUCCAACAGCAAGCCAGUAGUUUUGGUUUCGGUAGCACUCUGCUGCAGGUGCAGCGAUGAGAAGGUCCUAGGAGAUGACACCCCGAGGAGAGGAGCAGCUGCCCCCCAGAACCAAUCUCAGCCCGACAGUAUCGCCAGCUAAGCGGAAACGGAAACCCCCAGCACCAAAAUCAGAAUCAGAUUUCAAUCGAGAAUAUGAACAGAAUAGUUAAGAAUUAGAAAUCCUAUAACUAAGUAGGUGGAUGAGUAGUGGGAUGGAGAGUCCAUCGUCCAAGAAUUUUAUUGCUGAUUUUAGUCAAGAGUUUUUCGCACUGUGCAGCUGGUGUGUAGACAUUAAGCUUAGUUAAGAGCUAGAUCUUGUCAUUAUAUUUUUUUCGUGCAUAUAUCUUUAAAUUCAAUAGGCCAUUGCCCCCACCCACCCAUCCACUGGGGCGACUGGGGGCGAAGCCAACUAUAUUUCUUUCCAAGGGCACCAAGAGCACAUCCUAGCUUAGCGAUCCUCUUCAGAUUUAGAUUCAAACUCUGACUAUACCUAGUGCUUGUAAAUAGAAUAAUACUAGAGACGCGUUCUGCGUCCAAAAUCUGUGAUAUUUAAGUUUUCUUAACUAUUUUCUAUUGUAACAUAGGUUAUUGCUCGUAAUUCUCUAAAUAUUAAACACACAAACAAUUGUAUUUAUUGCUAAAUGUGGAAAAAAAAAGAGAAAAACAAAAUCAAGAAAAGAAAAAAUAAUUGAAUCCACAGAAGAUUCAAAUCUCAACAGAAGAAAAUAUACAUAUUUUCAAAAAUAA